AUGGCGACGACGAAGGGACUCGUCGUGCUUGAUUACGACUGGAGCUUGAUCAACGACAACUCGGAUACGUAUAUCUUUCAGCAAGUGCAGCCUCCACUCGUGGGGGCCUUGAGGCAAUUGUCUAGUGCUGGCGUGCAAUGGACGCAGGCUGUAGAUCAAACACUCGCCAAGCUCGAAUGUACCAAGGAAACUCUGAUUGAUGUGGUUGCACAUAUCCCCGUACAAGACGGCAUGCUAGAUGCCGUUCACUUGGCCCACGAGCGCGGCUGGGACGUUGUGAUUGUCAGCGACGCCAACACGGUGUUCAUUGAUAGUUUCCUCGCGCUGCACAACUUGACGUCGAUCAUCCCGCGCGUGUUCACGAACCCAUCGUCGUUCCAAGGCAACACGCUGCAUGUGACGCCCUACCAUCCUCUCGAUCAGCCGCCCCAUGGAUGUCCGCGCUGCCCCACCAACAUGUGCAAAGGCUCGAUAGUGAAGCACAUCAAAGCGGCGACAGCGUGCUCCAAGAUUUUGUAUGUCGGCGACGGCGGCGGAGAUUAUUGCCCAGUGGCGACGGAGCUCACGAGCAAAGACGUCGUGUUUGCGCGCGACGGGUAUGAGUUGUUACGUCGCAUCCACCAACAUCCCGUGCAAGCCACGGUGGUGCCUUGGAACACGGGGUUUGAUAUCCUCGCUGGCUUUCGAGCGCACUUGCAACGAAGCUGA